AUGAUAGGCUUUAAGAAUCGGUAUAUGGUGAUGGAGUUGUUUCUUGAUCCAUGUAAGGAUCUUGGCAUGGAUGAGCCUGUUAUAAUUACCCAAUUCAAUUUAUCAAAAGCUAUCAAAGACAACGUUCUCAUAAACUUUGGGGAAUGUGGACUAGCCUCCUCUCUCAAUUCAUUUCAAGUGAAGUAUGUGAAUCCAAUUACAAAAGUUUGCAUCAUUAGAGCGAUCACCAUGGUUAGAAGUGUAGGAAAUUGUCCUAUGAUUUUUAACCUACUUGAUUUGAGUGGGAGUAUCAAGGCCUGCAAAAAUGCAGCUUUGAAGUGUGAUGAAUUGAAUUUUGAACAGUAUAAAUUGUUGGCUGGAGAUCGCCUCACACCCGACUGCCAGCUACACAUGCAAAACUGUCUUGAGAAGAUCAAACUCUUGGAGCAUUGA